AAAAGCAGCGGAGAAAGCAGCAGACCACUCUUGAUCUCGAGGCAGACAGAACUCUAACCCUAACCAACGAACUUUAACUUUAUUGCAGCUAAGUGUAGAAUUGGCCACCUUAUCAAACGAGAAUGAGCAUCUCCUGGAUUUUGGUUUCUGGACUAUUCCUCGCUCUCUUGACCACAAGGACGAGUGCAAGUCCCAUGUUUCGCUCACAGCAAAAUCUUGCACAUUUAUUAGAUGAAGAAUUUUCUGAGUACCUGUCCUCUGAAGAAGGGGCUGUCCAUGCAGCUGGGAAUCCCAAGGCCCGGUUUUUACGAGACCUCAGCUUGAACACCAGAUCAAAGGGCACCUGGGCUCGGCUUUUCAACGACUACAACAACCCCAGGAAGUUCAGAGGAAUCAAUAAGAAAGGGUCGUCCAAGGGCUGUUUCGGGCGCAAACUGGACAGAAUAGGAGCGAUGAGCGGCCUGGGCUGUUAGAUCUACGACACCUAGCGACGGAUACCGCGUUGAUGAUGGGCUCCGAAAACCACUUGUGUAUCUUAUUGUCUCCCUAAAAGUACCGUUUAAUAAGAAAACGAUGCCAUUACUCCCGGUACGACCAACCACAUCACCAGCGUCUUUACUGGAAAGAAAUGCGAAGGAAAGUUUUGUAGGAACUAAUGCCCUGUAAACUGUCGCUACUAUAAAUUGAUCAUUUCAUUUCUGCAUAAAUGUAUUUAUGUUUAAACUAUUUAUAUGUUUAUAAAAGAGAGAUAUUUAUAAAAAAAAUUAUUUAUGUAACAACCGAACAGAUGAAUUGCAGGUGAAAGAAAUACAAAGUUUGUAACAUUUGUCCUAAUAGCUGUUUCGUGUUAAAUUGCAUUUCACAAAAGUCUAAAAAGUCUCCUUAUUUAUUAUAAUCCGUGCAAUACAUAAAAAUA